GAAAUGCUAAUCUAGGCUUUCUAGACAAUAAACAGAUCCACAUUAAUGGUCAGACAUUCUGUGGAAAAUCCCAAAUCCUGUUUACUGUCUGGUUCUAAAUGUAAACGGCUGCUUAUAGGAAAAUACGCAUUGCAAAACAUUAGUACCAUCAAACAAUUGAAAGAGGCAUCAUCGACGGCCAUGUUUUAAUAUAGUAUAAUUCGAAAAUACACAACAGACGCUAUACCGUACACGAAUAUAUGCUCUAAAAUUUCAACCAAUAAUAAAGAAAGUUUUAGAACGCAUAUCUCGUAUGUGUGAGCGCAUGCAAAAAAACAAUUAAUGAGUGAAACAAUCAAGAUACAUUCAAGAGUUUAAGAUUCAUUAAAAGAAACCGGUUGACGAAUUUUUGUACAUUACAACAAUGGCUAGUGUUUCAUAUCAGAUAGCAAAUCUGCUAGAAAAGAUGACAUCAAGUGAUAAAGAUUUUAGGUUCAUGGCUACAAAUGACUUGAUGACAGAAUUGCAGAAAGACAAUAUUAAAUUGGAUGAUGAUUCCGAAAGAAAAGUUGUUAAAAUGCUUCUUCGAUUGCUCGAAGAUAAAAAUGGAGAAGUACAAAAUCUUGCUGUAAAAUGUUUGGGGCCUUUAGUAAAUAAAGUAAAAGAGUAUCAAGUCGAAACAAUUGUUGAUGCUCUUUGUAGCAACAUGAUCUCUGAUAAAGAACAACUUCGAGAUAUAUCAAGUAUAGGAUUGAAAACAGUAAUAUCCGAGCUUCCAUUAGGGUCUAGUGAUUUGUCAGAAAAUGUUUGUAAAAGAAUAACAGGAAAAUUAAGCAGCGCCAUUGAAAAACAAGAAGACGUUUCAGUUCAACUGGAGGCAUUAGAUAUUGUUGCAGAUUUAUUGUCUAGAUUUGGUUCUCUUUUAGUUAGUUUUCACUCGACAAUUUUAAAUGCUUUAUUGCCACAAUUAUCAUCACCACGUCAAGCUGUAAGAAAACGUACAAUCGUAGCUCUUAGUCAUUUGUUAACAUCAAGCAAUAAUUUUUUGUAUAAAAAACUUAUCGAUCAUUUACUUGAGGGAUUAACUGCGCCAAAAGUUAAGAAUAUUAUUCGUACAUAUAUUCAAUGUAUUGCUUCAAUAUGUCGUCAAGCUGGACAUAGAUUUGGUGAACAAAUAGAACGAGUGAUGCCACUUAUUGUACAAUAUAGUAAUGAAGACGAUGAUGAAUUACGUGAAUAUUGCUUACAAGCUUUCGAAUCAUUUGUUUAUCGUUGUCCAAAAGAAAUUACACCUCACAUAAAUAAAAUAAUUGAAAUAUGUUUAGUUUACAUAACUUAUGAUCCAAAUUACAAUUACGAUGACGAUGAUGAUAAUACAAUGAAUGAUGGUGAUAUGUAUCAUCAUGGGGAUGGAAUAACAAUGGAAACUGAGGAUGAUGGUGCAGGUGGAGAGGAAGAAGACGGUGAAGAUGAAUAUUCUGAUGAUGAUGACAUGAGCUGGAAAGUACGUCGUGCUGGUGCCAAGUGUUUAGAAGCCGUAGUUUCAACAAGACGAGAAUUAUUACCAGAAUUAUAUAAGAAUGUAUCACCUGCCAUCAUUGCUAGAUUUAAAGAACGUGAAGAAAAUGUUAAGUCAGAUAUAUUCCAUGCCUACAUUGCUUUACUACGACAAACUAAACCAACAUCAAGUUGUGCUACACCAGUAUCAGCACUUGAUCCUGAUUCAAUGGAAGAUGAAGAGUGUCCAAUAGCUUUGCUUCAACAACAAGUACCUCUUAUUGUUAAAGCUAUUCAUCGUCAAAUGAAAGAGAAAAGUAUUAAGACACGUCAAGAUUGUUUCGCUUUACUUAAAGAACUUAUUAUUGUUCUACCUGGUGCAUUGACCAAUAAUAUUGCAGCAUUAAUACCUGGAAUUCAAUACUCUCUCGGCGAUAAAAAUUCAUCGUCAAAUAUGAAAAUUGAUGCACUUGCAUUUGUUUAUACACUUUUAACGACACAUCAACCUGAAGCAUUUCACAAUUAUAUGUCAGCUCUAGCUCCACCAAUUAUCGCUGCUGUUAGUGAUCCAUUUUAUAAGAUAACAGCUGAAGCAUUAUUAGUACUUCAACAGCUUGUACAAGUAAUUAGACCUCAUAACGGCAAACCAGUUGAGUUUGACUUUAAUUCAAUAUCUAGCGAAAUUUAUUAUAGUACAUUAACCAGAUUAAAAACAGCUGAUAUUGAUCAAGAAGUCAAAGAGCGAGCAAUAGCAUGUAUGGGUCAAAUAAUAGCACAUCUCAGUGAUACUUUACAUGAUCAAUUACCUGUUUGUUUACCAAUCUUUCUUGAUCGUUUACGCAAUGAAAUAACAAGAUUGACUACUGUCAAAGCAUUAACUUGUAUUGCGGCAUCACCAUUACGUGUAGAUUUAGAGCCAAUAAUGGAAGAAGCAAUCCCUAUUCUUGGAUCAUUUUUAAGAAAAAAUCAAAGGGCACUCAAGUUAUCAUCUCUAACUCUGUUAGAUACAUUAGUACGUAGUUAUUCAUCAAGUUUACAUACUGAUCUUUUGGAUAAAGUCACUGCCGAGCUGCCAGCUUUGUUAAAUGAAUCAGAUCUUCAUAUAGCUCAAUUAACGCUUACUUUACUUACUACAAUUGCUAAACUUUAUCCAGUUGCAUUAGUGAAUUGUAUUUCUGACAGUAUUCUACCUGAAGUUCUUGAACUAGUGAAAUCUCCUUUACUUCAAGGCGCAGCGUUGAAUGCUAUGUUAGAUUUAUUCCAGGCACUAGUGAAAGCUGAUAUACCAGAGAUUGGUUAUAAACAAUUACUAUCAAUGUUAAUUGCUCCUGUUAAUCAAUCAUUACUUCACAAACAAGCUUAUCACUCAUUAGCAAAAUGUGCCGCGGCAUUAACUAUAACUUGUCAAGAAGAGGAAGCUUACCAAGUUGUUGAACAAUUUAUUCGCGAUGUUCAAAAUUCUAAAAAUGAUGCACAACAUAUUUUUGCACUUCUUGUCAUUGGUGAGAUUGGUAAACAUGUUGAUUUAAGUGGUAUUCCAACACUUAAGAAUGUUAUACUUAAUUCAUUUUCAUCACAUUCAGAAGAAGUUAAAUCAGCUGCAAGUUAUACACUUGGUAAUAUAGCUGUUGGUAAUUUACCUGAAUAUUUACCAUUUAUUUUGGAUGAAAUUGAAGCUCAACCAAAACGGCAAUAUCUUGUUCUUCAUUCAUUAAAAGAAAUUAUAACAUGUCAAUCUAGUAGUUCAACAGGCGUUUCACAUCUUCAGAAUUUUGUACCAUUAAUUUGGCAACUUUUAUAUCGGCAUUGUGAAUGUACUGAAGAGGGUACAAGAAAUGUUGUUGCUGAAUGUUUAGGAAAGCUUACUCUUAUUGAUCCAAUGACAUUACUUCCAAGACUUCAAGAAUCUUUAAAAUCGCUAUCACCUUUGAUGAGAACCACGACUGUUACUGCUGUUAAAUUUACAAUAUCUGAUCAACCUCAACAAAUUGAUGCAAUGCUUAAACAGUGUAUGGGUAGUUUUCUUGUAGCUUUAGAAGAUCCAGAUUUAAAUGUUCGACGUGUAGCACUUGUUGCAUUUAAUUCAGCAGCUCAUAAUAAACCAAUGUUAAUUAGAGAUCUUUUAGAGACUGUUUUACCAAAACUCUAUGCGGAAACUAAAACCAAGAAAGAAUUGAUAAGAGAAGUUGAAAUGGGACCAUUUAAGCAUACAGUUGAUGAUGGUUUGGAUUUGAGAAAAGCUGCAUUUGAAUGUAUGUAUACAUUGUUGGAUUCUUGUCUGGAUAGACUAGACAUUUUUGAAUUUCUCCAACAUGUUGAAAGUGGUUUAAGAGAUCAUUACGAUAUUAAAAUGUUGACUUAUCUGAUGACCGCACGUCUUGCUCAACUUUGUCCAACCGCUGUUUUACAACGAUUAGAAAGAUUGGUUGAACCCUUGAAAAAUACAUGUACAAUGAAAGUAAAGGCCAAUUCUGUGAAGCAAGAAUACGAAAAGCAAGAAGAAUUAAAAAGAUCAGCUCUAAGAGCUGUAGCUGCACUUUUAACUAUUCCUGAUGCUGAUAAGAAUCCAUCAUUGAGUGAGUUCAUGGGAAUGAUCAAGAGUGCUCCAGAAUUACGUGUUUUAUUUGACGCAAUUCAAAAAGAUUGUUCUGGUAAUAGUGUUAACGAUGUUAAUACUAUGGAUCAAAGUUAAAUAUGUACGUUAUAUUAAGUCACUAAGUAAAUUUGCUCUUCUAAACA